GGGACGCGGAGCUGGUGGGAUCGCGCCAUGGCCUGGGCCCCUCUCCUCCUCGCGGUGCUCGCCCACAGCUCAGGUUCCCUGGUCCAGGCAGCGCUGACUCAGCCGCCCUCCGUGUCAGCGAACCCGGGAGAAACCGUCCGGAUCACCUGCUCUGGGAUUAGCAGCAGCGGCAAUGCUGGCUGGUACCAGCAGAAGGUCCCUGGUGGUGCCCCUGUCACUGUCAUCUAUGGAAGCACCAACAGACCCUCGGGCAUCCCUUCGCGAUUCUCCGGCUCCAAGUCUGGCUCCACGGGCACAUUAACCAUCACUGGGGUCCAAGCCGAGGACGAGGCUGUCUAUUACUGUGGUGGCAGCGACGGCAGCACUAAUGUAUUCGGGCCCGGGACCAUGUUGACCGUCCUAGGCCAGCCCAAGUCUGCACCUACCAUCUACCUCUUCCCGCCGUCCAGCGAUCAGCUCUCGUCGCAGAACAAAGCCACCCUGGUGUGUCUGCUGGGCAGUGGCGUGGAGACCAGCCAGCCCCAGCGGCAGACCAACAACAAGUACAUGGCCAGCAGCUACCUGACGCUGAGUGCCACCGAAUGGAAGAGCCACGAGACCUACACCUGCAGGGCCACACACGAGUCUGUACCCCAGGACAAGACCCUGAAGAGAUCCGAGUGCUCCUAACCCUGCCAGGACCUCCUGGCACCCGGCUGCCCCUCGCCGGUCCCUUCCCUCUUCCCUGCUGCUGGGGACGUGGGCUCCCCCCUUGCCGCAGAUGUCUCUCCCCGUGUCCCCCUGUCCCCUGCUCCUGUCCCCCUGCCCUGAGUGUCACACGAAUAAACACCGACACUGAA